GUCUCGCUCGCUUUUCGGACUGAUUUCAGUAAUGGAGCCCGAGUUUCACUCUAUUCACAAUGUCCCCAAUGCCCCAGGAAUAUUGGUUCCCCAGAAAAUAUAUAAUAACCAUGGUGCGACGUUCGAAAGACGAGCCUCGGUCAUCUUUCCCCCAGGGACGUCCUUGCGGCGCGCAUUGGCACGGGCGUUCGCCAAUGAUACACGUUUUCAACAGCGUAUAUCCACGUCCGACCCCAGCAAGCUGAAGUUCACUCUCCGUCUCGAGUGGCCCGGGUACGCGCCCUGGAACUGCAAUAUCCAAGGCACAGAACGCGCAGGCCAUUCAGAACCGGUUCUUCUGUCUGUUCUAGCCGAGAGGGUUGCACAUGCGGUCGAAAAGUUUCUCGCGAAAUCUGUACAGCAAAAUGCGGAUAUCCCGCCAUCGAAGCCGGGCUGGAAUGUCGACGCCAUUCGCUUCGAGGGGCUGAGCCUUGUAGAGCUGCGACACGUUUCUGAGGGGUCAUGGCAGCCCGUUCUGAGCUACCACCCUUGAGCUGCGCAGCUUGUGCUACACUGUGGCUGGGCUUGCCGCCUUCUUGCUUUGCCCAAAUUUGAUUGAUCCUGUCGCAGAAACAGAGUUCCUGUGCAAUGUCGACUUGUUGGAUUAUGCUCA